AUGGCUUUGUCGGCAGAAGCUUUCAAAAAACGGUUCAGACUAAACAAAAGCGGGUUCGAGUAUGUGCUUUCACGUCUGCAAUUUAAAGGACAUUUGUCAACAUCGGUCCCACCAGUGCUACAAUUAGCGGCAACUUUAUCGCUUUUGGCCAGUGGAGGUUUCCAAAAUGCAGUUGGCAGCGAUUACUUGAUUGGAUUAGGCCAAAGCUCAGUUUGCAAAAUAGUGUGGAAUGUGGUCAAUGAAUUGGAAACAAAGCUGUGCCCCCAUUUUAUAAAAUUUUCCCCUGAACGCUUUUCUCAGUGCGCGGAAUCAUUUGUACAAAAAUACAAAAUUCCUGGAAUUAUUGGAUGCAUUGACGGAACACAUUUUGGGCUACAAAAACCAACUCACAACGAGCACAUGUUUUUCAACCGUAAAGGAUAUCACAGCAUCAAUUCUAUGAUAAUUUGUGACCAUGAAUACAGGAUAUUGGCCAUUGAUUCAAAAUAUGGUGGAGCCGCUGAUGACUCUUUUGUGUGGAAGCAUUCAGCACAAAGGCAAUUUUUGGAAGAGCAAUAUAAUCUUAACAAUUUGAAGAACGUUUGGCUUUUAGGAGAUUCGGGAUAUCCUUUAGAGCCAUGGUGUUUAACGCCUUACAGAAAUCCUGAAGAAGAUUCAAAUCGAGCGCGAUUCAAUGAGGUUCAUGCAAAAUCUAGGUGUAUUGUUGAAAGAACAAUAGGAAUUUUUAAAGGUCGCUGGAAAAUCCUCAGCAAUGACAAGAGAAGUCGUUAUAGGCCAGAAAAAAUAGCGAAGUCCGGCAAUGUGUGUGCAGCGUUGCAUAACGUAUGCAUACAAUUUAAAGAUCCGUCAUAUUGCAGAUAUAACGUAUGCGAAAAUAUUGAAACAGAAGUGGAUAUUGGAAACGAAACUCAUUUAACGAAAAUCUACCAAAAAAUAAGAGAUCAAAUAAUGCUCUCGUUAUCGAAUACUAUUUAGUUAUAACACUAUACACAAGAAUUCAUUCACCACUUUAUUUAUUUCUAAAGAAAGGAAAA